AUGGGAGGCGCAACAACCUACGAUCCCGAGCACUUUCGCUACGUCUACUAUUCGUCUUCUGGGCCGCUCGGCCCAUUCAACGCAGCGGAAAACUGGACCAAGAUGGUUUCAUACGACGGCCCGCGAGCCACGGAGAUACCCCCGGACUUUACAACAUUCAGCAUAUCCCAGGCAUACCACCUUAAAACAAGAGCUGUGGUGCUAUGUGCCGGAAAAAAGCUGAAGUUUAAAUCGGUCCGUCCGCUGCUUGUCUCAUGGAGGCACGAAGCUGGUCCGGUGCCAAGGAGACAGCAGCCUUCUGAGAAAGGCAGCAGCACUCUGGGUGUCGGUACCAGCAACGGCGGGACAGCUGGAGCGUCGACGGCGACAGCGGAGGCGCUGCCCUCGUACGAAGAAGCCACGCACCAGUGA